AUGGCAAACGAGACGUAUCCAAAGGAUGUUGAGCUUGGAGUUCUUUCCGAUGGGUCCUCGACAGUAUAUUCUCAUGACAAGGUCCCGCUGGGGCCGUCCAAGGACCGAGUCGAGCAGUCGAGGGCUCGAGGAUGCUCACUGAAGAAAGUGGACACUUCAAAGAUCAUCCUGGCCGCGCUCUUAAUCCCGUUAUUGGCAAUUUUCCUUCUCGUUGCAGGACUUGUGAUCUUUUUGCUGGUUGAAAUGGCUACAUCUCAGUCGACGGAAGGGAAUUGA